CGUCUGAGCCAAAAGGAUCCGUCCGAAACCGCAGACGAAGCGAAGCGACAAUUUUUUUUUUUUUUUUUGCCGACCAACUGAGCACAUUUUCGCUUCUUCAUCGACCAAACUAGUGGCGUUGGUUUUCCGUUAGCAACUCAGAAAACAGAUCCAGUUGAGGCAACCAUACAGGGGCCAUUGAAGACGAGCAACGCUUUCUUUCCAUGUCGACAAUCGUAUAUCACGAAAAAGCCAUCGGACCGUUCACUCCGUAAUUAGUGGACCAUACGAGACCUCGAGCGAGCGGAUGCUGCCAUCGUCAAGAUAACAAUCUCAUCAGGAGUCUGGAAACAAUCAACACUCACAAGUAGCGCAGCCGCACUAGGGCCCUUAGACCAGUACAAAGAGAUAAGAUAAUCACCGAAGGCUGAAGAAGCAUGCGGUGAAGACGUGACCACAGAACGUACUGCUCUCGGCCCAACUGUACCAACGGGGAAGCUAGUUACCUGACAAUUUAUCUAUACUCUUGAGUAACGCAAUAUCAACAUUGGAAGACAACUACUUGAAUUUUUGGCAGACUUACUUUAUUAUCGCUGAAGACUCAUAUAAUCGUAGAAGGCUUUGACGGUGCGGUGAAGGCUUGACCACGGAAACUUUAUGCCCUCGGUCCAACAGCACUAAAAGGGAGGCUAGUUACCUGACGAAUUAUCCUCAAGCUUGAUUAGCGCGCUAACUGGCGACCAUGCGUGUAUAGACAGCUAUUCUGCGCUAAAGAUCCUUACAUACAAGUGUAGGGGGACGAGUAGUAUUUCAUACAAGACAUUCUUUCUGUAACACAAUAUAUUUCAUGAAUUACUGCCAGGGACGGCUGGUUGUGCACGUGCUUUACGUGUAAUGACAUUAACAAUCACACAUUAGCUCCAAGCCACUUUAUAUUCAACUACAGGACUCACUGUAAACGCACGCCGAAAUUACGCUCUCCCACCAUCUCCCCAGUCAUAGGAAGUCACAAAGCUUUGGUUGAACAAAAAGCAAUAACCGCUUAGACUGAAGUCAAAUUAAACGUACUAACAAGACUUGCACUGCGUUUUCUUUUUCAUCGAGUAACGUUGAAAGGACACUCAAAUUAUCGCGCGACACUGAAAGACCAUCUUUCUUGGGACCACAAACAGAACAUUUUGUAUCGUUAACUAAAACGAUGCAAUAUCUCAUACCUUAGGUGCAAAUAGGGCAGACAGGAUCUUGCUCCUGCUCAAGCAAAUCCACAUAUUUAAACUAGCCAGCAAAAUCCUAACUCUCUUUCAUGCAACCUGAAACUCAUGAAGAAAGCCUAAGAAAAGCACCGCAGCAACAUUUUCUAACAAAAUUUUACAUAACAUGCAGACUAACAAUAGCCGAUGCUCAAGGCAGUCCUUUACUACUUCCCAAGGUUAGUUGCAGCGAAUAUUUUGUAAUACCUGCGGUAUCCAAAGCUUAGUCUCAAGCUUAGGUAAGGACCACGCAUUGGGUGUAGCGAAUCGUGAAAUCAGCGUAGAAUACUCUCACUGGCAAUUCAACCACAGUCGGCAAUGUCUGUAGAGUUGUACUCGACGCCUAGCCCAACUUUCAUGGAACAGCGCAGAACGUAGUCAGACUACACGAUAGACCACAACUCUAGAGACCAGACACUUGAGACCAGGCGCUUAAUAGAAAAGCACCCGAGAAAUCGUCAAGGCACACAGACAUCUCUGCUGAUCAUUCAGCUGUCUUUUCCCGAGAAGAAGCCCUAGGCGGGAGUGGGGGAAAAAAAGAAAAGAAAAAAAAAGACUAAAAAUCUAUUGCCGAAGUCAUCUUCAUCAAACGAGCAAACGCACCACAGAACGUCGAGGAAACCCCAAGACCAAUAACUGAUUGAGAAGAAGAAAAAAACGACGCCGGGAACCAUAAGGGGGUAGCAGAUUUAAAAAAAAAGAAAACGACAGGUGUCAGAACGUCCUGCAAAUUGUUGCGGAUCGCUCAGAACCACCAAAUCUCUUCCAAACAAUCAGACACACUGCCAGAAGGCGCGAAGACUGCAAGUUAGGCUCAAACGGUGAAUAAAAAAGUGACCAGAAGACUAUAGGUGACGGGCACCACUACGAGACAAAGCCUCAAAUGUGAAGAAAAGAAGGCCGCCGAGGGACUGUCGUCGAGGUCAGGCGCAGCAGACGCCGUCGAAUGGCUCCCGUUCAUCCGCGCAACGUCCAGCGCGCCCCGCCGACGUCGCCGAUAGACGUGCACUGCCACAACAUGACCAGACUGCUGCUGUCACUUACGGCCAACCUGUCAUCGUCCUCCUCGUCGCCCUCGACGAACGUGUCUCGAGGUCCCGAGGACGACCUGUGGUCGGCGAACGGCUCAUCGACCGCGGGCACGGGAUCGCCCGCGGUCGACGACAGGGAGUCGGAGGCGAGCCAGCGUCAGGCGCUGCUCUACAUCGUGGUGGUGCUGUUCUUCUACUCCUUCGGCAUCGGCUUCAUGAUGAUACGCUACAUGCGACAGGAGGCCAAGGAACAGGAAGAGUGCAAGAUGUACCGCAGGUACAUCAACGCCGCCCAUGAGCAGUACCUCAACGCAACGAAUAGAGCCCGGCUAGCCAACAGGCUGGCUUUGCAGGCACUGAACACCGUCAAUGCCAUACCGCAGACAACCCACGUCGGCUCCAAGGUGACGUUCGUAUGACGACCGGCCAGGGCCUUCUUCUAGACGUCCCGGCGCAAGGACAGGGACCGGCCUCUGCGUUUCGUCUGCUGCACAACGAGCAGACGGCAUCGUGGACGGAUGCUUGCCUGCUGGACUACUGGACAAAAGUCAGACGGUGGUGCAGACGGCUCGCUUGUCUGCUGAAGUGCUGGACCAGCAGGCAGACGACAUUGCAGAAGUGUGUUGGUUGUACACAAGAAGACGACGCUUCCCAACUCGACGAGCCGACAAGCCAUCGCAUGUUCGAGCGCCUCUGAACAAACAAGUGGAGUAGGUAGAAGAAGGUCUUGGCGGGUUUUUUUGUACUUGCUAGACUGUAAAACCUUUCUGGGCUGGACACAAAAUCAGGAGCACCCUCACCAUUUUCCUGUGCUUCAGCACUUCGUGAUCAGUAGUUACGUUGCAUCGAGACAUCUUCUAUUCCUAAAGCCACCAGUGUGGCAGGCUCAUUCGAGCGCAAGAACAGACAACGCCCAUUAUAAGGCAACGGCAACUCCGACAAAACGUAGUUUGCUCGCCCUUGAAGAUGUGCAGUGUGACGUCAAAGAGUCUGAUCCAUGAGAACGCAAAUCAGCGCAGAAGAUGACCGGUUACUGAACCACUUCGCCGCAACACAUUAGCGGGUAAAGUGAGGGAGUCACGUGUUUCGUCUGUCAGAUUUAUCAUUUACGUGCGGCUCUGAAAAAUGGCAAUGUGGCCACAGGUUUUCGUCUGUCGUGAAGCUUGUGCGUGAUUUAAUCGGACUCAUGCGUGCGGUGACUGCCAGAAGAUCUUGAACGCGCAUUGCAGCAACUUUACGGACAGAUGGUGGUGAAUCGCAUGCCGAAGCAUGUGAUUCACGUCUGACGAUCGGUGUUUGCACACUUCGUCUCAGCAGGGACAUGGCCUCAACGAAUCACAUUGUGCAGACGGGUAUACGCAUUACGUCACAGAUAGCCUAGUGAGGCUAAUCUGCGAUGCAAAAAAAAAAAAAAAAAAAAAAAGUCGUCAAUGGGUUUUAUUUGCAACUCGUGAAGCCAAACCUAUGUACCAAUGGUUUCUUUUUACAUCUCCUGUUCAUCUGUUAGCAAAGGUAGUGGUAAUAUAUUAGUGACGUCACUAUAUUGUGGUGAAUACUGCGCUGCACCUGUUCAAGAGGUCAGUCUCCGAAUGGACGUUUAAGAACCCCGUGUAUACCUACAACGCUUGUGCACUGGUGCGCAGUCUACAUAAUUUUUUUAUGUUGUCGGCUUGUUAAAUACGUGGCGUUCUUUAUAGCACCCUUUACAUAAACGUCUUCCCUUUUCAACUCCUUUCAACAACUUAGAUGUUGCUCCAGCAAGUUGCUUUCGCGACCCUGUUUUAGUCGACCGGAAAGGCCAAGUGUAGGUAUAUGUGGAAAAAUUGUUUACUCCUUAGUUUCAGUUUGAUGGGCUUUUAUUCUUCGAAAACGCGCACAACCGCCUCCUCAAGCUCGAAACAUCCGAAGCUCACUUGCAUCUUUGGACGUUGACACCACUGGCACUUUGAGGUCACUUGCAUCAUUUAAUGCGUCCUUUUACCAUAUAUGUUUGCCGCCUCUCCCGGUUUCCCAUUGAAGCAUUGGUUCCCGUAGUUCACGGGAGUCGCGCAGAGAUGGCGCUCACAGCCGGCACAACUCCUGCGUGCUUGGUAAGCUAAGGUUGUCUUUAAAAGCAAGAUCUUGCUUCAGACAGCAUUUUUAUAAUUCAUUGUACUCGAAUGCGCAAGAAUAUAGCAUCAGUUUAAUGCAUUUCAGGAGGCCAGGUGUCGUCGGCAUCCGGCGCUCGUCGCUUCUGUGAUGAUAGCAGAUGUGACAGUACUCGCGGAGGCAAUUGCGCGCGCUUUAGGUUACAAGCACCAACCGUAACGUAACCGUAAUCAGUAUACGACGUUACGCAGAAGAUAUUUACCUCAGGACGUGGUUAUAUAUGGUUGCGUUCUUUCUAUCUGUACGCGUGUGUCUGUCCGGCAAACGCCUUGCUUUUCUUUUUCUUUUUUUCACACAAAAAACAAGCAAACAGAAACACGUGUCCUUUGAGAACUUGACACACACUGAAUAAAACCCCGUCGUUUACGCGAAAUGACGGAAUCUUGAAAGCGUGUCCAUUUAGAACGACAAAAAGGCUGGUCAGGUUGGGAGCCAUUCACAGUUUGGGAAAAGGAGGCAUUACAAAGCAUCGUCUCAAAAGAGGCAGAAAGGACAACACAAACGCCGACUACCAACUGAAAGCUAACAAGUAAGCUGGGCUCGUUGGUGCAUCUUCGUAGUUUUCAACAGCGUGGCAAAGGACACAGAAUGUAACAAGAGGGACAUAGCUAUGAAUAACACAACCAAGUGCUCCAUUUCCAGAAGCAGACGUACAUAAUGACAUGUGGAAGGCAGGAAAAGUUAAGAAAAAAGAGUCAGCAUCGAAAAUAAUCUAUUUCUGUUCUCGAUAGUGAUAGAGGUGGAGGCCUGAAGAACGUGUCUCCACGCGUCAAGAUUUCGAAAGCUCCAAAUGUCUCUCGUGUGCGCUGCUCGCCGUAUAAUUAUUAGACAGGUCUUAAAGACGACUGCAGGUGGAUUAUUUUAGUGAAGCAGCAUGUUCACGCACCAAUUCGCGCAUAGCAAAAAUAAAAUGCGAUGGAACAAACACGACGGCAGUUCGCGCGUCGAACGCCGCCAUAUGCCAACGUGUGUGUUCGCAACAUUAGCGAACAAAUAUCCGCUAGAUAUUUUAUGAAAUGCAGAACCGUAAGGAGGGCCGCAAGUGUACAAAAGGCCUGCACGUUUAGUGACCAAGUUCACCAGUGAGUACGCAGAAAACAUUGUGAGCACAGUGUCCAUGCAGAGGGCAUAUCGCAUCGGUCACAAGCAUUGCCUCGCCAGUGCUUGCCCCUUUUUGUCAUGUAGUCCUGUUCAGCCAGCUAAUUCAUUCUCCCAAGAUGGGUCAGCGCGAUGUGUGGUAAGUGUCAAACAACUAUUCUCCCCCUCUUAAAAAAAGUCUUAAACGUUUCCUAAGUAGUGACUUUGUCUGAGCGCUGCGGAAUACCAAAAGAGGGAGAACGGAGCAGUUACAGCGCUGAUGCCGAUAUCCUCUAUCACAGUGUUCAACCACCGCAAACAUUAUUGCGUUGUCACGUGCGCCGCACGAUUUUUGUUAAAAUGGGCAACAAUGUAUACGAAGACCCCUUCGACGCUGAUAACGUCGUUGCCGACGACUCAAUGCCAGCAAAGUCACAUCAGUAGACGCUGGCUGCAAUACGAGUUCAACGAGGCUCAUUGGAUGUAACGUCGCCUUGGCCAGCGCGGCUGUUUUCGCCCACGUAUUGCAUUGCCGGUCUAUACGCUGUACUGAAACAUUCUUGGACAAAUCGCAAAGCCGAUGUCGCCGAACAAUCGAAGGAUUUGCUGCGUCACUCUUGUCAUUACAUUUCUGACUGCGUGAACUCUUUCGCAUAUCAAAUCUUCCCCACGUCUGAGAAAGUGGAGUGCUCACGCUUUAGCCACCUUGGAUAUUUUCAACGAUCGUGUGCGAUAGGUCGACUUAUUUUUGUCAGAGUCCACAAAAUAUCACUAUAUAUACAUAUCACGGCUCCCGAUGUGUGUAAAUAUAUAUGCAUACCAUAUGUGCGGGGGGCAGAUGAAUAAACGACUUGAAG